GACGUCAGGGAGGGCGGCACAUGACCCCUCCGCAGCCAAUCGGGUGCGGCCGGCGCGGCUCCGGCUGGAGGCUGUCGGCAGCGCUUGCUGCUCUCGCCGCCUCCUUCUCCUCCCGCGGCGGCGGCGGCGGCGGCAGCAGCAGCGGCGCGCGUGGACACACACGUUCCCCCCCUCCCUUUUCUCUUCCCCCCCCAUCCCCCCGUUUCCCCCCCCCAACCCCCCCCCGCUCCUCCCGCACCCCUCCCGCACACCCGCACCCACGUAUAUGCAGACCGCGACCGCCGCCGCCGCUCAGUCCCGCGGACACAGCCUGCGGGGAAGGACGGAGCCGUGGCCGGACUCUCCGCAGCCUCCGCUGGGAGCCACAGCCGCCGGCUUUUGUCCGCAGCCCCCGCCGGGAGCCGACCCUUUUUGCCCGGCCGGCGCUUGCCCGCGAGCAUGGACGCGGCGCUCUGAAGGCGAAGGAGACCCGCCGGAGGGCGGAUUGGGAAGUUCGAAUAACGAUUUUUAUCGCUUCCCUUUCCCCCUGCCCGCUCCGGUGCGGUUCGCUCCCUUCCCCCAUCUUCCCAUAGCAGUUUUUCCUUUUUUUUUUUCCCUUCACAAUUUUUCCUCUUUUUUUUUUCCUUUUUUUUUUUUUUAAUCCACCCAGUGUGGUUUUGAUUUUUGAUUUUUUAUUUUUUUCCCCCCUGAUUUUUAUUUUAUCUUAUUUUACUUGGUUACACCCGUCUCUACCGCCCGUAGAGACCGGUGUCCCCAAGCGGCCGUCACCGAGCGCCACCCGGACCCGAGGGCUCUCUGCCAUGGAUCGCACCGGCUGCUCCAGCGGGGCCAGCGACCGCAGGCAGACCGAGGAGAGCAAGCCGCUGCUGGGCGAGAUGUCCGCUCCCGAGGGGAAUAAAAUGGGUGCCGCGCCGUGCCGGAGAGCCCCGCUCCACUGCAACGGCAUGAGGUACAAGCUGCUGCAGGAGGGGGACAUCCAGGUGUGUGUCAUCCGGCACCCCCGGACGUUUCUCAGCAAGAUCCUCACCUCCAAGUUCCUGCGGCGGUGGGAACCGCACCACUUGACCCUGGCGGACAACAACGUCGCCUCGGCCACGCCAGCUGGGUACAUGGAAAACUCCAUUUCCUACAGUGCUAUUGAAGACGUUCAACCGCUGUCCUGGGAGAAUGCCCCUAAGUACUGUUUACAGCUCACAAUCCCAGGGGGUACUGUCUUAUUGCAGGCUGCAAACAGUUACCUGAGGGAUCAGUGGUUCCAUUCUUUGCAGUGGAAGAAAAAGAUUUACAAGUACAAGAAAGUGCUUGAUAACCCAGGCCGCUGGGAGGUGGUGUUGAAGGAGAUCAGGACACUGGUGGACAUGGCGCUGACGUCUCCCCUUCAGGAUGAGUCCAUUCACCAGGCACCGCUGGAGAUUGUCUCAAAGCUGCUCUCAGAGAACAACAACUUAACCACCCAAGACCAUGAGAGCAUUAUUGUGGCAAUUGCACCUUUGCUGGAAAACAACCAUCCUCCUCCUGACCUCUGUGAAUUCUUCUGCAAGCACUGCCGGGAGCGCCCGCGGUCCAUGGUUGUGAUUGAAGUGUUCACACCAGUGGUACAGAGGAUUCUCAAACACAACAUGGAUUUUGGGAAGUGCCCUCGUUUGCGGCUGUUUACUCAGGAGUAUAUUCUGGCUUUGAAUGAGCUGAAUGCUGGAAUGGAGGUUGUGAAGAAGUUUAUUCAUAGCAUGCAUGGUCCAACUGGACAAUGCCCCCAUCCCAGGGUCCUGCCAAAUCUUGUAGCUGUGUGCUUAGCAGCCAUUUAUUCGUGUUACGAGGAAUUUAUCAACAGCCGAGACAAUUCCCCAAGCCUGAAGGAAAUCAGGAAUGGAUGCCAGCAGCAGUGUGACCGAAAGCCUAAUCUGCCACUCCGCCUUCUUCACACAAGUCCUGACCUGGUCUCUCAGGAGGCCACCGUGACUGAAUCCCGUACCAAACCACCUGUUGUCACUUCAAAUGAGAUCCACGUGGAAGUGGAGCGCACCAACACCGCUAAUCAGAAGAUGACAGCCAACGCUGGCAAUGACAGCGAGCCCAACCUGAUUGACUGCUUGAUGGUCAGUCCUACCUGCAGCACCAUGAGCAUCGAGCUGAGUGCCCAGGCAGACAGGAUCCUUGGCUGUUAUGUUGAAAUACUCAAGAUGCUGUCAGACUAUGAUGACUGGAGACCAGCCCUCGCCAGCUUGCUUCAACCUAUCCCAUUUCCAAAGGAGGCUCUUGCACAUGAGAAAUUCACAAAGGAGCUGAAAUAUGUGAUUCAGAGAUUUGCAGAAGACCUGAGGCAAGAAGUCCACUCAUGCUUGCUGAGUGUGCGGGCUGGCAAAGAUGGCUGGUUCCAGCUCUACAGCCCUGGUGGAGUGGCAUGUGAUGAUGAUGGGGAGCUGUUUGCCAGUAUGGUGCAUAUUUUAAUGGGAUCCUGCUAUAAAACAAAGAAGUUUCUGCUUUCGCUGGCUGAAAAUAAAUUGGGACCUUGCAUGCUACUGGCCUUAAGGGGUAACCAGACAAUGGUUGAGAUUUUGUGUCUGAUGCUGGAAUACAACAUCAUUGAUAAUAAUGACACCCAGCUCCAGAUCAUCUCUACCCUGGAAAGCACAGACGUGGGAAAGAGAAUGUAUGAACAGCUGUGUGACAGGCAGAGGGAGUUAAAAGAGCUGCAAAGAAAAGGUGGUCCCACAAGAUUAACACUGCCAUCCAAGUCCACCGAUGCAGACCUGGCCCGCUUGCUAAGCUCAGGAUCUUUUGGGAAUCUGGAAAACCUCAGCCUGGCCUUUACCAAUGUGACAAGUGCUUGUGCUGAGUACCUCAUUAAACUGCCUUCUCUCAAGCAGCUGAACCUGUGGUCAACUCAGUUUGGAGACGCAGGGCUGCGGCUUCUCUCUGAACACCUCACGAUGCUGCAAGUGCUCAACCUCUGCGAGACGCCUGUCACAGAUGCUGGUUUGCUGGCACUUAGUUCCAUGAAGAGCCUGUGUAGCCUGAAUAUGAACAGCACCAAACUUUCAGCAGAUACCUAUGAAGAUCUCAAGGCAAAACUACCCAAUCUGAAGGAAGUGGAUGUCCGCUACACUGAAGCGUGGUGAACUCUCUGCCUCUGACUCUUCUCUUUUGCUUCUCGAGAGAAGGAAAAGGUUUUUAAAACAAACAGAGAAAAAACAAACUAAGAAAAUAACUUUUGUCUAAUCCCUGUAGAGCAGUGAGCUUUGGGACUUGGUGUUGGGAGCUGUGGUUGUGGGGGAGAGGAGUGGUGUUGUGUGUGUGUUUUGGGGGGGGGGGACAGGGCAAGCCUGGACCCAGCCGGAUUCUUUCAGCUUUGUGAUUUCAGAAUCUACAUAAAUUUAAAUAGAAAAG